GGGCCGCAGAGUCAGGGUCCGCUCGGCGCUGCUGCCGGCUGCGCUCUGUGCCCGCUGCGCUCCCUGUGCCCGCUGCGCCAUGGCGAAGCUGCUGCUGCUCACCCUCGUGGGGCUGGCGCUGGCCCUCGUCAGGGACUACCGCUCUUCCUACCAAAAACGAAUGAAUGCUUUCCGUGAAGUAACGCCAGUGGAACUUCCUAACUGUCAUUUUGUCAAGGGAAUAGACUCGGGUGCUGAGGACUUGGAGAUAUUGCCAAAUGGGCUGGCUUUCAUUAGUGCUGGAUUAAAAUACCCUGGAAUAAAGAGCUUUGAACCUGAUAAGCCAGGAAAAAUACUCCUGAUGGACCUGAACGACGAUAAUCCAGCAGUGUCAGAGCUGAACAUCGUAGGAAAUAAAUUGGAUUCAGCUUCCUUUAACCCUCACGGGAUUAGCACUUUCACAGAUGCAGAUAAUACUGUGUACCUGCUAGUGGUAAACCAUCCAGAUUUCAAGUCUACAGUGGAACUGUUUAAAUUUCAAGAAGAAGAAAAAUCACUUUUGCACCUGAAAACCAUUAGACACAAGCUUCUGUCGAGUGUGAAUGAUAUUGUUGCCGUAGGGCCAGAACACUUUUAUGCCACAAAUGAUCACUAUUUUGCUGAGCCAUAUUUCCGAUCCUGGGAGCUGUACUUGGGUUUAGCGUGGUCGUAUGUUACUUACUACAGUCCAGAGGCUGUUCAAGUGGUGGCAGACGGAUUUGAUUUUGCAAAUGGAAUCAGCAUCUCACCUGAUGGCAAGUAUGUCUAUAUAGCUGAGUUGCUGGCUCACAAGAUCCACGUGUAUGAAAAGCAUGCUAAUUGGUCUUUAACGCCAUUGAAGUCACUCGACUUUGACACGCUCGUGGAUAACAUAUCUGUGGACCCUGUGACGGGGGACCUUUGGGUUGGUUGCCAUCCCAACGGCAUGAAGAUCUUCUUCUACGACUCGGAGAACCCUCCUGCCUCAGAGGUGAUCCGAAUCCAGAACAUUCUAACGGAAGACCCCACAGUGACGGUGGUUUAUGCAGAGAACGGGAGCGCCCUGCAGGGCAGCACGGUGGCCUCUGUGUACAAAGGGAAACUGCUCAUCGGCACAGUGUUCCACAAGGCGCUGCACUGUGAGCUCCAGUAGCCCGGCGCACCGGCAGCUGCGGCAAGCCCACGUUAGCCUCUACGCGUCUAAGCGGCCACUGCAACCCUGGCAGCGUCAGAAGGUGGACGCUAAGUGUGAAUGUCAAGAGGCGCGGAAGUGCUGUGUGGCCGGGACCACAUCUGGACAGCCUGGCAUUUUGAGAGUGCGUUAUCAAUUUAACCUAGGAACACUCGAAAACCUCACUUGUCAAUCAAAGAUCCUUUUCAUUAAAAUGGUUCAAUUUGUUGUACCAA